AUGACCUGCGGUGGCUCACUAAUUAACGGGAAUUGGGUUAUUACAGCAAGUCACUGUGUGGCAAAUAACCCAAUUCUAGUUACGAUUGAAUUUGGACGACAUAAUCUUAGAGCAUUAGAGGCCUAUACUAAGCAAAAGAGGACUGCUAAGCCGAUCUUUCGACACCCUACAUAUCAGCAUAAAGAUUCUAUUUCAAGUCUUAAAGAUUUGGAUGGUGAUAUUGCUUUAAUUAAACUAAAUGCACCCGUAGCUAUUGAUAGUUUUGUUCGUCCAACAUGUUUAACAGCAGCUAAUUAUUCAUUUAAUGAACUUAAUUUAUGUACAAUAUCUGGCUAUACCGAUGCUUGCUAUGAUGAUAGUGGUGGUCCAUUAUCAUGUCACAGUCGUUCAGAUUCAGUCCUAUCGAGAUAUUCAAAUCGAUGGCAUUUAGCUGGUGUCGUUAGUGGUGGACGGGGUUGCGGACAAAGAUAUUAUCCUAGUAUUUAUGCAAACAUGACAGCAGCACCCAUUUGCAGAUGGCUAUCAACCAUAUUAGAAAAUAAUUAA